CGAAUCACUCUCUGGGAGGAAGUGUUUUUAAGCAGAAAAGAAGAGGGGACCAAUUGGGGUCUAAGAUGAAUUUGCUGAAAAUGAUUUAAACUUCUAUGAGUAGAGUGAGACUGAUGACAAGAAGCUGGAUUGGUUGGAUGCCAUAGGCCCAUAGCACGAAAGACGAAAAACAAAGAGGAUCAAUGGAUUUUGGAGAUGAAGUUCAGAAGGUAUAUUGUUGGAUAUCUCAUAUCGGGAGUCUUGGACUUAAGGUACUCUGGCAUUUUCUUCAUUUUAUUGUCAGCGUGUGGUUCCUGGCACGGCAAGCAGCUUAUGUGCUAGAAAGCUGUUUUAUCUCUAGUGGACUACUGAAGAGGUACGAAGCCCUUAAUUUAGGCAAUCUUCGUUACCUGGCCAUUGUGAUAGAAAGUGAAGAAGCUCAUCAGAUCCCUAAAGUUAUCGAGCUUUUGAAUUGGCUGGCAACAAUUGGUGUGAAGCAUGUCUGCCUUUAUGAUAAUGAAGGAGUGCUGAAGAAAUCAAAGGAAGCUAUAUUGGAGAAACUGACUGAUGCUACAUUGUUUGAGGGAGUCGAUGAAAAUAAUUUACUACUUGACCAAGAACAUAUAACCUUGGAAUUUGCUUCAAUUUCUGAUGGAAAGGGAGCAGUGACCAAAGCUGCUAAUCUACUUUUCAUGAAGUAUUUGAAAUCAGCUGAUUCUGGUGGCAGUUCAGAGGAGUCAAUCUUUACGGAACCUCAUAUGGCAGAGGCACUAAAAGCUGUUGGUUGCAGAGGGCCAGACCCUGAUCUCCUAUUAAUUUAUGGACCGGUAAGAUGCCACCUAGGGUUUCCUGCAUGGAGAAUAAGAUACACUGAGAUUAUACAUAUGGGGCCAUUGAAGUCCAUGAAAUAUGGCUCUUUAUUAAAAGCUAUCUACAAGUUCUCAAUGGUGCACCAAAACUAUGGUACAUAACUUAGUAUAACUGGAGGACAUCAUCUAUGUUAGAGUUUGGGGUAGUGCUUGGAUGACAGGGAAAUGCUCAAGUUCCCAACAAUGGCUGCAGACUAUAUAAAUUUUGAGGACAAUGCUGGAGUAUUCAGCAUCUACCCUUGAAGUUUUAUAAUAUUAUUUGUAUUGCAUAAAUGUAGACAAGUCCAUUAAGCUUCCAAUCUGAAAGUUGGGAAGUAUCAAAUGCUGAAAUCCCCAAUAUUUGCCUGGAUAAACCUUUGUGCAAAUUGCUGAAUUUAAAUCCAUCUUUGGACAUCAAAGAUAUUUCUGUUUAUCAUUUCAAUCA